AUGGACCUGUGUUUAAAGGGAAAUAUAAGGCUGAUUUUCCUCUGCGUUGAAGCAUAUUCCAUUCUAGGAGCGCGUCACAUUACAACGAGGUUAGAAUGUGGAUCUGAGGAAGUAUCUCUGAACCAGUACAAAAUUGGCAUGAUUAGUGAAAUGAUUCACACGGCCAGUUUGGUGCACGAUGACGUGAUUGACGGUGCAGAUACGAGACGUGGCAACGCCUCAGUCAACGCGAUUUGGGGGAAUAAGAUGGCUGUAUUAGUUGGUGACUUCAUUCUUGCACGUGCUACUCAGAUAUUAUGUUCCAUCAAUAGACCUAAUGUUAUAUCAGUCAUGGCGUCAAUAAUUGAAGACCUAGUUAUGGGAGAAUUUAUGCAAAUGACUGCGAAAACAGGAGCAACGGAGGACACAAUGGAGCAGUACAUGGAAAAAACGUUCAGGAAAACGGCCAGUCUUUUCGCAAACACUUGUAAAAGCGUUGCAUUACUAGCUGAAGGUACUGCUGAUCUACAAUGGCGUGCAUCUGAAUAUGGACGACAUUUGGGGAUUGCUUUUCAAUUGGUUGAUGAUGUUCUCGAUUUCAUUUCAUCCGCUGACAUAACUGGGAAACCUGUAUCUGCUGAUCUGAGACUAGGUCUUGCCACUGGGCCCGUAAUAUUAGCUGCUCAGCAAUAUCCAGAACUGAACACGUUGAUGGCCAGAAAAUUCGCCGAACGAGGAGACGUAGAUAGAGCAAGAAAUAUCGUUCUAAACUCAGAUGGCAUAACAAGAACGCGAAAACUUGCUCAGCAACAUUCACAAGACGCUGCACGUCUAGUUAGUUCCCAUUCUUCUUGCAUUAUCACUUUGCUUUUUUAA